UGUUAUGUACCUUCAUGGAAAGCGAAAGAAGAUAUGCUUAGAAUGUCAGGUGUUGCGAUUCCCCUCUUUUUAUUCUAAGUAACUGAACAUGACAUUUGUGUUUCCGUCCAUAAAUGGCACGGUGAAGCCAAGAGAAAGAAGUGGUCAUGUAGCGGUUCACCAUGAUGGUUAUCUAGUAGUUUGGGGAGGCUAUUGCAACGGUGAUCCUGAACAGUUUCCUGGAUUGCAGUUUCUUGUCGACAGGUAUCAUCCCAGUAAUGAAGUUUGGUUGUACUGCAUUGAGACUUCUGCAUGGAAACAUGUUGAAACAAGUGGAGACAUACCUCCACCCAUGUCAGGAUCAACAGCUUGUGUGAUUGGUGGCAAAUAUAUGUACAUAUUUGCUGGGCAUCAUGAUGAAGGACCCUCUUCGACAGUUUUUGUUUUAGAUUUGAACAAAUUUGUGUGGCAAAAUUUGACCGAAAAGAUUGAAGGUAAUCCCCCUUCAGACAGGGACAAGCUGUGUUGUUGGACACACAAUGAUUUAAUAGUGUAUUUUGGAGGGUAUGGAAUACCUCCAGAUCCUCGUAAAGUGGAUGAGUCUUGCGGAUUUUUCACAUUUAAUACCAGUGUUGAGGACCAAUUCACUGACAUCAGAGGAUGGAACAGUCACAUGUUUGUUCUGGAUACAGAACGUUUAACAUGGAGCCAACCACAGACAAAGGGGAGAGCCCCCACACCAAGAGCAGCACAGGCUGCAGCUAAACUUGGAAAUAUUGCUUAUAUCUUUGGUGGAAGAUACAUGGAACAACGACGUAAUGAUUUGCAUGCCUUUGAUAUGGACAGCAUGGAAUGGAGUGGCAGUAUUCCAACAACAGGUAAAGUGCCAGAUGGAAGAACAUGGCAUUCCCUAUCUGCUGUCAGUGACAAACAUUUAUUUCUCUAUGGAGGCUUUAACAAUCAAGGAGAAGCAUUAGGCGAUGCUUAUACUCUUGACACCUCAACAAUGAUCUGGUUUCAACUCAGUGUCCCUUCAAUACAAAGUAAACCCAUGACUCGAAUGUGGCAUACAGCUUGUUGUACAACUUCUCCUGGAGAGGUUCUAAUUUUUGGAGGAUGUGCCACAUCAGUGUUAAUUCUUGAACAGGAGCACUGUGACAGUAUCCUGAUCUUUAGGUUUACACCUCAGCCUUUGAACUUAUUAUGUGCAGAUACAGUGGUCAAGUGUUAUUCAACCCUUCAAAAGCAGCUCAGAUCCCUCCCUAAGAAUCUGCUUAUGUCACUCUUUCUGCACAGAAGACUGCAGGCCAGUGGAAAAAUAUAAAUGACAUGCGUCAGAAUCUCUAGAGUUCUAGUCACAAACGUUAGACAAGAUCUUUAGUCACGGCAUCGGACAUGCCUGGUUGCCAAUUUAUAAUUAUGUUAGAGAAUUCUAUGAGGCACCGUAAGAAUUUUUUUUUGCCUAAAAGUUGAACAAGUUUAAUGAGAUUUGGGAUGAGCAGUUUGAAGCGUGUACAUGUGAGCUACAGUAGGAUGUUUCUUUCAAUAUUUUGGUGUCUUUUUGGGCCUUGAAUGUGCCCUGUGCUGUUUUAGAUCAAGUGUUAGUAAGUCUAAAUAUCAAGAUUUGUAAGAAUCGUUUGUGAAAGUGAAUUACUGGCGAUGAAUCAAAUUCGCACUUUUCCCGCCACAUGGUGCACGUGUUUGUGAAGCUAUUAAUUUUCUCCAGUUUAGUGCAAGCACUAUAACUUGUGUAAAUACGAUAAAAUGUUACAUUAAACUAUAAUUUAUAUAUCAGAUAUUACGCACAAUUUUAGUUUGAAUUUCCUGAUAUCAGACGCCAUUAACAUGCAUUAAGCUAAAACAUCAGUAAAUAGAUAUGUAACGUGGAGUUUGUCUAACAUCCGGGAAAGUGUCUUUCGAAUGUCACUCGCCAGAAAAGGCCUGAGAAUGGACAGAUCGACAACUUGGAUCUUAGAAUCAAAUUCACGUUGGUAAUCGAGAUAUAGAACCUAGAGCAUCAA